GGAGACCGACUGUUUGUUCUGGUGCUUCUUGAGACUCAACACCUCAUGGGGUAUUGAAGUUCUAGUGGCCAGAUAUCCGACUACAGCAAUAUCGCGUGAUUGAUUAUUGUUGGAAUAAACACAUCACCAGUCCUCGUAUGUAAUUGUCGAAUUCAUCCGCGUUACUGAAUAACGGAAUUAAGUAAUCCAAAUACAAGAAUGGGUUUUUGAAUGUGCACACUCCCAAUCUCCCUAUUUUGGGUAAAUUUAGGGUUUUUCCCCAAAGUUUUGUGCCAUUUACUCUAAACGGAUAAAAUUUUCCCCAUAAUAAGGAGAUUGGGUUUUGUACACUCAUUGAUCUAGACAGAAUCAAGGGGAUCAAGCGAAGAGAGCAAAGAAAAAUGACACAUUGGAGGUGUGUGAGCCGAUUAAAUUUAACCAGGCGUGAAGUGAGAUUUAUACUGGAUAGGAAGUGCACACACAAUUGCUGAUAUACGAAAACAUUCGAAGCUGAUAAGCGAAUAAUGUGACUCAAGGAGAAUAGGUAAACUGACUUGUCCGGAAGUUAGAACAAGCUAUGUGGGCUUAACAUAGCAACUGACACUGCAAAGUUAUUGCUUCCACAAUCCCUUCCUAGUUCUUCAUAGUCAGCCAAACUCAACAUAAAACCUGGCGCAUUUCUACAGCGAUUCCUGUUACUACACCCUACUAGCAGAGCAAGAUGAAAAUGCCAGGGGAAAUCCUGAAGUUGGAGAGGUAGUAACAGUAUUAGUGAUAAUAAAAAGACCAGACCUCGAAGAUACUAUCUGAGAUAUAAAAUCACUGAAAUAUGAAGGGAAAAACUAUGAAUAAGUUAGAAGCGUAAGAUCUAAGGUAGUACAAAGUGUACAUGUAACCGCGACAUUACGAUUGAUUCUAAACAAUGUCAUUUAAAGUCUCUAACCAUUGGUUACUAUAAUCACACGAACCCCAACCCGGUCGUCUGUUGUUCUCCACAGUGGUCUCUUCUAGUAUGUUUUAUGAGGCUUAGAACUUGCUUCUUAAACUCGUUAUUCUUGUUAACAUCUUGAAUUAGGUCCAUAUUAAACCUUUACAGUGCUGCUUGUCCGAUUGUCUAGUGCUUCUUUAGCUUAGCCACUAGGUGGUGAUCUAAACCUGUGUCAGCUCCUCGUUUUUUCUUAUGCUUCCUUUGGGCCCUCUGAGUUGUUUAUCGGUGCAUAUCUGAUUGAUCUGGUUUGUUGUAGUGUAGUUCGGUGAAACCCAUGUGGCUUCGUGUAUACGUUUGUGAAGGGAAAUGACAGCAUUUAUGAAUAUGUCACAUGUACACAUCUGCCAGUUUCUCACUAUUUUUGCUCCUUUCUCUCGGUCUGUGUCGCCUCAUGAUGUCCUAAUACUUAGUGUUAUCCAUGUUAAACCUGGUGUCUUGGUCCCCAUCAGAAUAGACGUAUUUUCCGGGGUAUUUCUCUAGGAUGGACUUCAGCCUCCCAUGAUAUUGGUUUUGCCAUUUCCAUUCCUAUCAUUGGUGAAUGCUUAGCACUGGAUGAUAUUCGUUGUGAUCCCUUCCUUUUUUGUUUUGUGGGAUACUUCGAUGAUCCUUGGGACUUGAGGUCCCCAUCCUAUAAGUGCUUUUCAUGCUUGGUAGAACAUCAGUGCAACUUUUUGUGUAGGUCGGGAAACUUUGUCUUCGUGUCUGUAACACGACAGCUCUCCUGAAGUUAGUCUUUUUCUCUUCAGAUUGUGGUCAGUGGGUUACACAUUUCUAGCACUGUUAGGUCGUAUCUUCUCAUUUUCGCUACCCCUCUGGUUUCCCACGUUUUCCAGACAUUCAAUUUAUCUGUAUUAAUUGUUACUCUAGUCGUCAAAAUGACUAUCGGCUUCGUGACUACCGAGAAAUAUCAUUUUUCACUACAAGGUAUCAUAACUGCUAUGUAUGAAGACCCUUCAACUCCUAUAGGGUGGGAGUUUGAAUGUUUUAAAUGAUUUUUUGUGAUCAGCUUUUGUUCAAGCUAGGUUUAACUUAAGGGUUGAGGUUACAAGUCCUACUCCCAACCUCCCUUUAUCUAAGCUUGGAACUGUGAGUAACCCUAAAAUGCUCCAGCUUGAUUUACUCAGUUAAGUUGCUAACCAUUUAUCAAUCAAACACUCAGAAUUUAGUUUCCUACAAAAUUGGAAUUUGGAGCUAUCCAACUUUCGUAUUAAAAAACUAGCUACUCACAAUGGCGAUUCUUGAUGGUUUAUCUAAAUGCAUUACUGCCGUGUCAUAUGCCCUGAUUUUGGUCGCUUCGGUGAUACUUAUAACUGUUGGGGGGAGCAUACUUGUAAUUGCUGCGCGUUACAAACACGCUGUGACUGUAACAAACUUACAAUUUCCUGGUUAUAUUGUGCUUGGCACAGGUUUAUUGCUUAUGUGUGCUGGAGUGAUUGGUUUCAUAGCCUGCAUCAAACAUAAUCGCUGUCUACUUGUGUUGUUGUACGCAUUGUUGCUCACUAUUUUACUAUGUGAAAUGGCUGUUAUCAUCGUUUCUAUAUUUUACUGGCCAAAAGUUAGAGAACAAAUAAGUGAAGUUCUUCAUGAAGAUCUGAGGAUGUAUAAUAAAGUUGCUGAAGUUCGACAGAUUGUCGAUUUAAUCCAGUCAAACUUUGAGUGUUGCGGAGUGGAAAAUCGAUCAGAUUGGAAAUUUUACAAUGAUAGCAGUUAUCCUCAAAGUUGUUGUAAAAAUCGUCAGUUAGAAGAAUCGUUUAGCGAUAAAGAGUGCAUCUAUCAUCAGUAUGGCUGCCUUAAUUUCUUGGAACGUGAAGUUAAAAGAUAUUUGGGUUAUGUCAUUGGAUCUGCAUGUACCUUUUUCUUGUUGCAGCUUAUCGGUUUGCACAGCAUGUGCGUUGUGAUUUGUCGGUCUCAGUCAAUCCAUCGUUGGCAUAAUGAGGGUUAUAUUAGUAUAUAAUCUGUCGUGAUUAAGUUUAUGGUUAAUUUUGGGUACCGAAGUGUUUUGUCUUCUACAAAGGAGGUAUAUUGGACUCGUAGUGCUCCAUACCUAAGCUAAAUACCCUGCUUCUUUGCACAUAUGUCAUUCGUUGAUUUCAUUGACAGAGACCAUUCAGGAGGACUAUCGUACGCUUAUUCAUUUUAUUGUUUAUAAUUCCCGAUAUAUUUCAUCAUCAAAUACAUUAAAUUGUU